UGAAUCCGUUUGAUUAUCAUCAUUUUAUUACUACUAUGCUCUGUGUAUUCAACUUUUUUGUUGGUUUUGGGACAUAUGCUUAAUGUAUUCUGCUGUUACAGGUCAGAGAUAAAAUUGGGGAUUUCAUAAAGGGCGUAAUUUCUGUAUUCCAGGAUUUGGAUUUUAGUUUCCUGGAAAUGAACCCAUUUACCUUGGUUGACGGUGAACCUUAUCCAUUAGAUAUGAGGGGGGAGCUGGAUGACACUGCUGCCUUCAAGAACUUCAAUAAAUGGGGCAGUGUGGAGUUUCCACUGCCUUUCGGCAGAGUCUUAAGUCCUACAGAAACGUUUAUUCAUUCUCUGGAUGAAAAGACAAGCGCAUCCUUAAAAUUCACUGUGUUGAACCCAAAAGGACGCAUCUGGACCAUGGUAGCUGGAGGGGGUGCAAGUGUUAUUUAUGCUGAUACUGUUGGAGAUUUGGGUUAUGCUUCAGAACUUGGAAAUUAUGCAGAGUAUAGUGGAGCUCCAAAUGAGGAAGAGGUGUUGCAAUAUGCAAGAGUUGUGGUCGAUUGUGCAACAGCUGAUCCAGAUGGUCGUAAAAGAGCUCUAAUAAUUGGAGGUGGUAUAGCCAAUUUCACAGACGUAGCUGCUACAUUCAGUGGAAUUAUUAGAGCCCUAAGGGAGAAGGAAUCCAAGCUAAAAGCGGCAAGAAUGCAUAUAUUUGUGAGAAGGGGCGGUCCAAAUUAUCAAACUGGUUUGGCAAAGAUGCGUGCUUUGGGGGAAGAACUCGGAGUUCCUCUUGAGGUUUAUGGCCCUGAGGCAACAAUGACCGGAAUUUGCAAGCAAGCAAUUGAGUGCAUCGUGGAUGAAGCUUAAGAGUUUCUUGGCUCUUUGUAUUAUUUUUCAACCCUCGAAGUGUGUUAUGAUUUGGCCAAAAAGGCAAAAAGUGUGAAUUGUGAGUUUAUCCUGGCAAGAUGAGCCGCAUAAUUUCUUCAGUUUUCCAAUCUUUUCAACUAUUGUGACUUAUUUGUGAUGAUGGUUGCAUUGUGUUCUUGUUUUGAAAGUAAAUGGUCGCAUUGCUUUCCUUCCUA